GACCCCAUCAUUCUCUUUCCGCCGUACCCGCCAUCUUGCGAGCACCCGGGGUAAUCAGGCAUCAUGACGAACACAAGAGGCAAGAGGAGGGGGACCAGGUACAUGUUCGCCCGUCCCUUCCGCAAGCAUGGCGCAGUUCCUCUGUCCGUAUACAUGCGUAUCUACAAAAAAGGAGAUAUCGUUGAUAUCAAGGGCACAGGUACCGUUCAGAAGGGGAUGCCUCAUAAGUGUUACCACGGGAAAACAGGCCGUGUAUACAAUGUUACCCAGCACGCUGUGGGCAUCAUAGUCAACAAGCAGGUCAAGGGCAAGAUCCUGGCCAAGAGAAUCAAUGUGCGUAUUGAGCACAUUAAGCACUCAAAGAGCAGGGACAGUUUCCUGCAGCGCGUCAAGGAGAACGAGAAGCUGAAGAUCGAGGCCAAGCAGAAGGGCACAUGGGUUGAGCUCAAGCGCCAGCCUGCUGCUCCUCGCCCCGCUCAUUUCAUCAGCACCAAGAACAACGAGCCCCAGCUCCUGGAACCCAUCCCCUAUGAGUUUAUGGCUUAAGUGUGCUGACCACAAUAAAUCUGUUUAUACCCACAAA